UCUGUGAUGUGCCGGGGAGCUCGGGCCAGUCCUGGCCACCCCUCGGGGGACACCGGGGUCUGUAGGUCCCUGCAGCGACAGGCCCGCGGGCAGGGGGGCGGUGGAAGGGCUCGCUGGUGGCACCGAAAGGGCCAGCGCUGUACGGCCGGGUCACGGGCUGGGUGCUGCGGGGCCAGCAGCUGCCUGUGCCACUCGCUCGCGGGCCCUUGGCAGCUCCUCUGGUCUCUCUGUGGGGAAGCUGGGUGCUGCCACGCAUCCUCGGCACCCGAAGCUCUGUGGGGCGAUGGCUCCGCGCAGCUCCUCCAGCCCCCUGAGACCUCUGGAGAAGCCGCUCGGAAGUGGUGUGGAAGAGCGGCCAGCUGGUGCAGCUGGGCUGGACGGCCAGCGAGGACCUGCUCUGCAUCCAGGAGGACGGCACCGUUCUCAUCUACAACCUCUUCUGCGAGUUCAAGCGCCACUUCAGCAUGGGCAACGAGGUGCUGCAGAACCACGUGUUGGAGGCGAAGGUCUUCCACACGGAGUACGGCACCGGCGUGGCCAUCCUCACCGGCGCGCACCGCUUCUCCCUGGCCACCAACAUCGACGACCUGAAGCUGCGCAGGAUGCCCGAGGUUCCCGGUCUGCAGAAGCCGCCAUCCUGCUGGGCCGUGCUGUCCCAGGACAGAGUCACCAUCAUCCUGCUGGCAGUCGGACAGGACCUCUACCUCCUGGACAACACCUCCUGCUCCGUGGUGACCCCCCCUGGCAUGAGCCCCUCCGCCGGCGCCUACCUGCAGAUGGCCGUGUCCUUCAACUACCGCUGCCUGGCACUCUUCACCGACACCGGCUACAUCUGGAUGGGGCUGGCCACGCUGAAGGAGAAGCUCUGCGAGUUCAACAGCAGCGUCCGCUCUCCGCCCAAGCAGAUGGUUUGGUGCAUGCGUCCCCGGAGCCGGCAGCGUGCCGUGGUGGUGGCCUGGGACCGGCAGCUGAUGGUGGCGGGGAACUCCACGGAGUGCAUCCAGUUUGUCCUGGAUGAGGACUCCUACCUGGUGCCGGAGCUGGACGGGGUCCGGAUCUUGUCUCGCACAUCCCACGAGUUCCUGCACGAGAUCCCAGAGGCCAGCCAGGAGAUCUUCAAGAUCGCCUCCAUGGCCCCGGGGGCUCUCCUGCUGGAGGCGCAGAAGGAGUACGAGAAGGAGAGCCAGAAGGCAGACGAGUACCUGCGGGAGAUCAAGGACCAGAAGCUGCUCCCGGAGGCGGUGAGCCAGUGCAUCGAGGCAGCCAGCUACGAGCACGAGCCGGACACCCAGAAGUCGCUGCUGAGGGCAGCCUCCUUCGGGAAGUGCUUCAUCGACAAGUUCCCCCCAGAGAGUUUCGUGCGCAUGUGCCAGGACCUGCGGGUGCUCAAUGCCAUCCGGGACUACCAGAUCGGCAUCCCCCUCACCUUCACCCAAUACAAGCGUCUCACCAUCGAGGUCCUGCUGGACAGGCUGGUCUUGCGGCGGCUCUACCCGCUGGCCAUCAGGAUCUGCGAGUACCUGCGCCUCUCGGAGAUCCAGGGCGUCAGCCGCAUCCUGGCCCACUGGGCCUGCUACAAGGUGCAGCAGAAGGACAAGUCCGAUGAGGAGGUGGCCCACGCCAUCAACCAGAAGCUGGGUGACACGCCGGGCAUCUCCUACUCGGAGAUCGCUGCCCGGGCUUACGACUGCGGCAGGACGGAGCUGGCCAUCAAGCUGCUGGAGUACGAGCCGCGCUCUGGGGAGCAGGUCCCGCUGCUGCUGAAGAUGAAGCGGAGCAAGCUGGCCCUCAGCAAAGCCAUCGAGAGCGGGGACACCGACCUGGUCUACACUGUCGUGCUCCACCUGAAGAACGAGCUGAAUCGCGGCACCUUCUUCAUGACGCUGCAAAACCAGCCGGUGGCCCUGAGCCUGUACCGCCAGUUCUGCAAGCACCAGGAGCGGGAGACGCUGAAGGACCUGUACAACCAGGACGACAAUCACCAGGAGCUCGGCAACUUCCACGUCCACUCCAGCUACUCGGAGAAGCGCAUCGAAGGGCGAGUCGGAGCUCUCCAGAACGCCCUGGACGAGUACUACAAAGCCAAAAACGAGUUUGCUGCCAAGGCCACAGAGGAUCAGAUCAAGCUGCUGCGGCUCCAGCGGCACCUCCAGGAGGACUUGGACAAGCCCUAUCUCGACCUCUCGCUGCACGACACCGUCUCCAACCUCAUCCUGGACGGCCACCACAAGCGAGCCGAGCAGCUCUACCGCGAGUUCAAGAUCCCCGACAAGAGGUACUGGUGGCUGAAGAUCAGCGCCCUGGCCAACCGCGGCGACUGGGAGGAGAUGGAGAAGUUCUCCAAGAGCAAGAAGUCGCCCAUCGGGUACCUGCCCUUCGUGGAGAUCUCGGUGAAGCACCACAACCGCUACGAAGCCAAGAAGUACGCGCCGCGCGUCACCCCUGAGCAGCGUGUCAAGGCCUUCGUCCUGGUGGGGGACCUGGACCAAGCGGCCGACGCCGCCAUCGAGCACAAGAACGAGACGGAGAUGAACUUCGUCCUGUCCAAGUGCACGGCCAGCACCGACGCCGCGGUGGCCGAGAAGCUGAACCGGGCCCGAGCCCAGCUCCUGAAGAAGUGAGCCCCAGCGGGGGGGCCCCCGCCCCGGCCCCCUGCCCACCGCGCACUCCCGGGGGGCUCCAGCCCCCCAACCUGCCACUGGGGCCACUCCGGGCUUCUCCGCCCUGUCCCCCCAGCCCAGGCUGCUGCUCCCCCCCGCACCUCCCUUGCUGGGGGGGGGGAUGUCCUGGGGGCAGGGUGGCAGCAGGGGGUCCGUGUCCUACGCUGGGGCUGGGGGCUCCGUGCCCGCGUCCCGGCCCGGGUCUUCCUCAGCGGGACCCCCCAGUGCCUGCGUGGCCCGACCCCCGGGGGUGCCCCCCUCCCCGCCCGGUCCCCCUCCCGCGGUCAAUAAAGAGAGGAGCUGCCU